AUGGAUCCGGGUAUUCUUUGUUUCCACCAUUGUGAUCACAAAGUUUUUUGUACUAUUAUACCAGAGAAAUGCCCUGUUUGUCAACAAAAAUUAGAUAGAUAUGACUACAAUCUCCUUCCAUUUAGAGUACCAUAUCCUUUUGUAAAAGCUUCUCAGCAUCCACGGGCAAUUAUUAUGAAACCUACCCAUGGUGAUUUCCUUAAUGACUACUACAACUCCAAAGAUUUACAUAUAGGGGUCACUAACUCCCAAGGAUAUGUUCUGGAGUUCAGUGAAGAGGGCAUAAGGGGUGUUGACCCUGUGUCUAAAAAAUGGAGUGAAUGUGAGACCAGCUUAGACUGGGACCAAUGCCUUCUAUUAGAGCAGUUCGAUGAAUUGUGGAAUGAAAUCUGGGAUAGUGUUUUAUUAAAGGUAAGCCUUAGUCCACUUUGGGAGGCAGAAAGGUAUAAUGAAGAGAGACAUAACUGUUUCACCUUUGUACUAGCCUUCUUACGAGCACUUGACUGUGGAGAGCUAUCUGAAAGGGCACAAGACCCAAAACUCUUCUGUAAACAGUAUGUGGUACCCCGAACUUCAGCUGCUGGAAAGUAUAUAUCUCUUUAUAGACAACUCAAGAGACAAAGCUAUUUCAUACAGGAACAU